AUGCAGCUCUCCAGAGUUCUCGCUACCACACUUCUGCUCCUCCACAGCGCCGUAAUCGCCUCCUCCAAUGGACUCACGUACCUGCUGACUGUCAACUCCCAGCCAAUUGGGGGCAGUGUUGAGACAUUAUGUGUCCAGCUCUACACAUGCCGCCCAUUACUUUCCUUAGUGGCACAUCUGGAACACAGGCAGGAAAGCAAGACUCUGCUAAGCAAGCAUUUCAUACAAGCAAAGUACCAACAGUGCGUCCAAUUCCAGGUUCCUGCUGUAACCAUAGAUAUGGAAGCUUUUGUUUCCUUGGAGAUCAAAGGGAGAUUCACAUUUGUGAACAAGACGACAAAAAUCAUCAUAAAACCUCCUGGUCUGUUGAGCAUCAUUGAAACAGACAAACCCAUCUACGAACGGGGACAAACUGUCAAUUUCCGCAUAGUCUCUUUGGAUUCCAACUUCUUAACCUACAACCAGAUGUUCCCCACAAUAGAAGUGCAGGACCUCAACUCCAACCGCAUUGGUCAGUGGUUGAACGUGUCCACAUUCAGUGGCUUCCUGGAUAUGUCGUAUCCCAUAAACCCAGAGGCUGCAGAGGGAUUCUACACCAUCACUGCCUGGAACGAGAGGAACGAACCAAUCAUACAACAAUUUGAAAUCAAGGAAUAUGUGCUGCCAAAGUUUGAAGUGACCGUUGAGCUUCCUCCAGUCAUAACCAUUCUGGACACAACGGUCACACUUAAAGUGUGUGCAAAGUAUACUUAUGGGAAACCAGUGAUAGGGUCUGCGACUGCCGUGGUCUGCCGCAAAAGUUACAGAUACUGGUGGUUUGCGCCAGGAAGUGCACAACUUUCAGACAUCUGUAGAACUUUUAAAAUGGAGACUGGCAGGACGGGCUGCGGGUCCUACGUCAUUGACCUGAGCGACUUUGUACUGAGUGAUACACGAUAUGUAGACAUUAUUAGUGUUGACGCUGAAGUGGAGGAAUAUGGGACAGGAGUGGUUAUGUCAGGUUCGGGUAGCAUUUCUAUUACAAGUGAUAUUGUCACCCUCACCUUUGUGAACGCUGAUGAUGUGUUUAAGCCAGGGAUGGCCUAUGAAGGAGAGAUUAAAGUUACCGGCCCAGACUCCACCCCUAUAAUAAAUGAGCCUGUAUAUCUAAUUGUAAGAUACGCUGAAAACAAAAACAAAACCUGGACGCUGGUUACCGACGACAACGGUGUCGCUGCAUUCUCCUUAGACACACAUCCAUGGGGUUUGCAGACAGCCUCUUUAGAGGCCCGAUAUCAUAUGGAAGAGGAUUCAUUCGGAUAUGUGGGCACGUUGCGUAGACCAACCUAUCCCUCGGCUUACCUCUGGCUUCAGCCCUUCUACUCCAAAAGCAGCAGCUUCCUGGAGUUGUUGCGCCCCCUGGUGGCAUUCUGUGACAGCGAUGCAGUAGUGGUAGCUAAUUACAUCAUCCACAGCACAGCGCUGGAACCACAACAGAACUCCUUAGACUUCUUCUACAUGGUGAUGUCCCGAGGUCAUACAGCUCAGCAGGGAUGCAUCACAGUAGAAGUGGAUCCAGAAAAAGAGAACCGUGGAAAACUCUCAAUCCUCCUACAGAGUCCUCUCAGUCUGGCUCCAGUCGCCCAGGUGGUGGUGUAUGCCCUGCUUCCUAACGGAGACGUGCUGGCUGACAGUAUGGACUUCCCCAUUGAGCUGUCUCUGAAGAACAAGGUGUCUCUGGAGCUCUCCUCAAAUGAGGAGCUUCCUGGACUAAACAUUUUCCUGACGCUGAAAGCUCACCCAGGCUCACUGUGCUCUGUGAGGGCCAUCGAUGAGAGUCUGCUACUGCUCAGACCAGAAAAGGAGUUCACCAUCCAAUCUGUCUACAACAUGCUUCCUAUCCAGAUGUUGUCAGGAUAUCCGUACGGCACGGAAGAUGAGGAUCCCAAUAUGUGCAUUUUCAGGCCCCCUAUCAUGGAACCCUUUGUUAAUCCAAGAUCUCGUCCCCCUGUUUUACCUGUUCUCCUAGGAAAAGUCGACGUAUACAACGUCUUUAAGUAUGCAGGAAUCAAGAUCAUUUCCAAUGCUUAUAUUAAAAAAAAAGAGGUCUGCAGAGGUCCUGUGUUAAUGUUUCGCCCAGCGUUAAUGGUGGCCAAUAAACUAGAGGUUGCUGAGGCAGCUCCGGUUGACGGAGGACAAGGUCAGCCGGCCAGUAGAGUCCGCAAAUACUUCCCGGAGACGUGGAUCUGGGACCUUGUGUUGGUGGGUGAAUCUGGAGCUAUGGGGGUCAGCAAGAUCGUCCCAGACACCAUCACCACGUGGGAGGCAGGGGCGUUCUGUACAUCUCCGGUCGGGUUUGGCGUGGCACCAAAGGUCAACCUCACGGCCUUCCAGCCUUUCUUCGUGAGCCUGACCCUGCCCUACUCCAUCGUCCGUGGAGAGGUGUUCACGCUCAAGGCUACAGUCUUCAACUACCUACCCUCCUGCAUCAUGGUGAAGGUAACCCUGGCACAAUCGCAGCAGUUCUCAGCACAGAGCUGUGUGGGAUGUGUUUACACACACUGCCUCUGUGCCGAUGAGAGCUGGACCUUCAUGUGGGUCAUCACACCCUCCGUGCUGGGGGAGGUGAUCAUCAGAGUGAGUGCAGAGGCUGUACACUCGUCUGUGCUGUGUGGAAAUGGCAUACCCACCGUGCCAGAGAAAGGAAGCUUGGACACUGUGGAGCAGACCCUGCUGGUGGUGGCAGAGGGAACCAAACAGACCAACAGUUACAAUGAGUUCAUGUGCACAAGAGGUGGUGCUGUUGACCAGACAGUCACACUGACGCUGCCUGAAGUGUUUGUGGAGGGUUCCGCCACUGCUUAUGUCUCUGUGCUGGGAGAUCUGAUGGGCCGUGCACUGCAGAACCUGGACAACCUGCUGGCCAUGCCGUACGGCUGCGGUGAACAGAACAUGCUGCUCUUCGCCCCCGACAUCUUCAUCCUGGGGUACCUGGAGAGCAGCGGCCAGCUGACGCCAGCCAUCAGGAGCAAAGCCACCUCCUUCCUGCUGAGUGGCUACCAGAGAGAACUGUCCUUCAAGCAUUUUGAUGGGUCCUACAGUGCGUUUGGGAUGAGUGACAGCUCAGGCAACACCUGGCUCACUGCGUUCGUGAUGAAGUCUUUCGAAAGCGCAAAGCAAUACAUCUUUAUCGAUCAGACAGUCAUCGAUCAGGCCAAGACUUGGCUGGGCAACGAGCAGCAGCCGAACGGCUGUUUCGCCUCAGUGGGCAACCUCAUCCAUGUGGACAUGCAGGGUGGAGUGAAUGAUAAUGUGACCCUCUCAGCUUACAUCACAGCUGCUCUGCUGGAGGCAGGCAAUCAGAGUACGGAUCCCAUUGUAGCCAAGAGUCUGGAGUAUCUGAGGAACGCCCAUGCUAAGACAAACUCCACCUAUGCCAUCGCCCUCCUCUCCUACACCUUCACACUAGCUGGAGACCAGGUGAUGAGAGGAACCCUGCUCUCCCGCCUGAACCAGCUGGCCAUAGUGACAGUGGACGGGCGGCACUGGAGCAGUGGGAGUCAAGGGAUGGGGACAAACCCACUGGAUGUGGAGAUGACCGCCUAUGUGCUGUUGGCUGUGCUCUCUGGACCCCCACUGGCCUCGUUUGACCUGGGCUACAGUGCCAGCAUCGUCCACUGGCUGGGCCAGCAGCAAAACUCCUAUGGGGGGUUCAUCUCUACACAGGACACUGUAGUGGCUCUUCAGGCUCUGGCAAAAUAUAGUAGUAUCACCUACAGCCCGAUGGGCACUAUUACAGUCACUGUGAUGUCAACCCACAGCUUGAAGACCCAGCUCACUGUGGCCCAGUUCACAGUUAACCAGAGCAACAGGCUGUUGUACCAGCAGGCCAAGCUGCAGCAGGUGUCUGGGGUCUACAAGGUCAGGGCAUCAGGCCAAGGCUGUGUGUUUGUGCAGUUCACCAUGUACUACAACAUCCCCCCUCCCAAUGACUUCUCCUCCUUCGACAUCUCAACCAGUGAAGUUGGAAACUGCAGUGAUCCAAUCCCAUCUCUGGAGAUCUCUGUGACUGUCACAUACAACGGUGCAAAUAAAGUGUCUACCAUGGUGGUCAUCGAAUUCAAACUGUUGUCUGGGUUCUCACUGGUCAAGGUUUGUAUAAAUCCAGUGAAUGGAACUGUGAAACGUGUGGAUAAAAAUGAUGAUGUCGUCAUCAUCUACCUGGAUGGGCUGAAGAAGGGAGAGCGCCAGACCUACACUCUGAUCAUCCAGCAGGACAUAGUGGUGCAGAACCUGAUGCCUGCUGUGGUGAAGGUCUACGACUACUACAAGCCCAGUGAUGUGGUUGUUACUGAAUACAUCUCCCCAUGUAACUAAAUGUGGACCAACAACCCCCCGAGAAUGACAGCAGCAUCCAACCUUACACAGCAACACACUGUGUACCAUGACUUGUUCCUUCACCUAUAAGAUGAAUAAAACCUAACUGCACUACGUUUGAAGUCAUUAGUGAAUUAUACUUGUGUGUUAAUGUGGUUCAG